UCCUUCAGACCGGAGGAUGAGCCGCAGAGGCAGGGAGGACCGUCUCGCACUUCAGCUGCUCGGAAUGCAGUGGAAACAGUUGCUGCUGGAGUAACAUUUCCUCCAUUUACCAGGGAAGACCGGCGAAUACUGACAGGCCAUGAGCAACAGGAUGGAGGGUUCGGCGGGACCGGGUGUAAGGACGAAUGGACCGGUGGCGGCGCCUGGCGGCCCGGCCAGUUCCCCCGUGGGCCCACCCUCGGCUCCAGAGGAGCAGCAGUCAUCGCUGACGGACGUCUCUCAAAUGUGGAUUAAUUUUGCCAAAACCUUCGCCAUCAUUUUCCCCAUCUACGUGCUGGGAUACUUCGAGUUCAGCUUCAGCUGGGUUCUGAUUGGCCUCGCCAUGCUUUUCUACUGGAGGAAGAACUACGGCGGGAAAGACUACAGGAUAAACCGGGCCCUAGCGUUCCUGGAGCACGAGGAGAAGGUGGUGAGGCAGGCUGUGCCGACCACCGAGCUGCCGCCCUGGGUCCAUUAUCCAGAUGUGGAGCGGGUGGAGUGGCUCAAUAAGACGGUGAAACAGAUGUGGCCGUUCAUCUGCCAGUUUGUGGACAAGCUGUUCAGAGAAACCAUCGAGCCGGCGGUGAGGGGCGCCAACCCCCAUCUGAGCUCCUUCUGCUUCACCAAGAUCGACAUGGGCGACAAGCCUCUGAGAGUGAACGGGGUGAAGGUUUACACGGAAAAUGUUGACAAGAGGCAGGUGAUCAUGGACCUGCAGAUCAGUUUUGUUGGGAACACAGAAAUCGACGUGGACAUUAAGAAGUACUACUGCAGGGCUGGAAUCAAAAGCAUACAGCUUCAUGGAGUUUUGAGAGUUGUGAUGGAGCCUCUUCUCGGGGACAUCCCUCUGAUCGGAGCCCUGUCUGUCUUUUUCCUCAAGAAACCUCUGCUGGACAUCAAUUGGACCGGACUCACAAAUAUGCUGGACAUCCCUGGCGUGAAUGGCUUGUGCGACAACCUGAUCCAGGACAUCAUCCACGGCUACCUGGUUCUCCCCAACCGCAUCACCAUCCCCCUGGUGGGCGAGGAGCAGCUGGCCAGAGUCCGCUUCCCCGUUCCAAAGGGCGUCCUGAGGAUCCACUUCAUCGAGGCCCAGGACCUGCUGGGCAAAGACAAGUUCCUGGGGGGACUGAUCAAGGGCAAGUCGGACCCCUACGGGGUCAUCCAGGUGGGGACGGAGAUCUUCCACAGCAAAGUCAUCCACGAGACCGUCCAUCCCAAGUGGAACGAGGUGUACGAGAUCCUGAUUUACGGUCAGACAGAACACCUCCUCAAGAUCGAGCUGUUGGACGAAGACACCGACAAGGACGACUACUUGGGAAGUUUGGAGAUCGACCUCGGGGAAGUCCAGAAGGAGCAGAAGGUGGACGAGUGGUUCGCUCUGGAGGACGUGGCCACGGGGAAGCUGCACCUGAAACUGGAGUGGUUGUCUCUGCUGCCCACACCUGAGAAGCUGGACCAGGUGCUGGCGAGCAUCAAAGCUAAUCGCAGCGACGCCAACGAUGGUCCGUCGUCCGUGCUGCUUAUAAUUUUCUUAGAUUCAGCCCGAAACCUGCCGAGCGUCUUCGAGGGCGACUUGGGCUCUGGCUACUUAAAAGAGAGGAGGGCGGCGGGCCUCGUGUUUUGCGAGAACACCGCUUCCCUCUAUAGGACCUUAUUUCGCAAUCCGUUAGAGUUCAACCAGGCGGGGCUGAAGAAGGCCUCGGUCAGUAAGGCCAUCAAGUCUGGUAAAAAGGUGACCAGCGAUCCCAAUCCCUUCGUCCACUUCACGGUGGGACACAAGUCCGACGACAGCAAGAUCAAAUAUAAGACCAAUGAACCCUUGUGGGAACAAACCUUCACCUUCCUCAUUCACAACCCCAACAGUCAAAACCUGGAGGUCGAGGUGAAGGAUGCCAAACACGAGUGCUCGUUGGGGACGCUGACGGUGCCCCUCAGUAGCCUGCUGGAGGCGGAGGACAUGACGCUGGACCAGAGCUUCAAUCUCAAACACUCCGGCACCCUCAAGAUGAAGAUGGCUCUGCGGGUCCUGUGCCUGGACAAGGACACGUCCUCGUCCUCCAGCUCCGUCCCCUCCUCGGUCCAAGUCCGCAAGUCCAGCUCGUCCAGCCGGACCCCGCGGGCCUCCGUCUCCUCGGACUCCCCCAAGCCUUCGUCCAGCGGCUCUGACAUCCCCCGCUCGGCCUCGGCGUCGGCCCAGGACCUGCCGAGUCGGCACGGCGAGGCGGAGGACUCCCUCAAGUCCCCCGGACCCGCGGAAUCGGCGUUCGGCGGCGCGGGGAGGGCGGCCGGUCAGAGCCUGGCCGAGGCGGGGAGGAGCACCUCCAACCUGGCCAUCUCCGGGUCCCAGCAGUACCUGGCGGGGGGCAAGGAGCCCACGCCCAGCAUCGCCUCGGACAUCUCCAACCCCUACGCCACGCAGGAGCUGCAGCUCCGGCUCCAGCAGCUGCAGAACGGGUCGGGCCACAGCUACUUCCCGCUGGGGGAGAUCCAGCUGACCAUCAGACACAGCUCCCAGAGGAACAAGCUGAUCGUGGUGGUCCACUCCUGCAGGAACCUGAUCGCCUUCACGGACCACGGCUCGGACCCCUACGUCCGCGUCUACCUGCUUCCCGACAAACGGAGGUCCGGCAGGCGGAAAACUCACACGUACAAGAAGACGCUGAACCCGGUUUACGAUCAGACGUUCGAGUUCAGCGUGUCCCUCAUGGAGCUCCACCGCAGGACUCUGGACGUGGCGGUGAAGAACGGCGGGGGACUCCUCUCCAAACACAAAGGCCUUUUAGGGAAGGUUCUGGUGGAUUUAACUCAUGAUGAAAUCAGCAAGGGUUGGACACAAUGGUUCGAGCUGAGCGAAGACGGCCUGACGAAGCCACACCAACUAUAAACAGUCAUUGUUAGUAUUAUUCUGAUCGUCGUAUCGCAGCACGUCCACUCAAGCCAACAGUAGGACUUCUCGUUCUUUUUUUUUUUAAAUCUUCAUUUCUUGUAAAUGUAAACAAAAGAUGUCUUUUUUUUUUUUUUUGAGGAAAGCAGCUUUGAACAUUCAUUUAAUCACAUCAGUCGCAAGGCAAAGGCACCCCUUUAAGAAGUGACUGGCUGAAGGGAGCGUUUAGACGGAGACGGACAUGUUAGACCACGCGUUGCCGUGGAAGUCCGUUUUCCACAUCUAUACAGAAGCUAUCGUUUCUUUUACCGCAAUAGUUUCUCAAAAUGUAAAUAAUGUAAAAUGAUGCUGGAAAAAACAAGGGGAGGAUGGAGCCGACGACGGAGAGCCGACGGCGUUUUACUGGCCAAAUGCUUGUGUGUAAUUUAACUUAAUUUAAUUUCCUUUUUCUUUUUAUAUAAAAAAAACAAUCUUCUCAACAGUUUGAAGCCGAGCAGACGAGUAGUCACACCAAAGAGACGGGAACAUGCUGGUUUUAUACCUCUGUGACAACGUGGCGUUUGAACCAAAAUGAACCAAAAUGUGUUUUAAUUCUGAAUUUAUUUUGCUAAAGUAGAAAAAGAAAAACACCUGUUGUUACACUGAAAUAAGGCCGCUGUUGUUUCCUUUGUUCUUUUAUUCCUUUCUUUUUUGUUUUUAACCUAAAUGAGACUAUUUGCACAUGUGUAUUUUAAAAACGGUCAAAGAUGAUGAUUCUCCAUCGAGAAGAAAUAUUAUAUACUAUUUUAUUCAAUUGAAAACUGAAAGAAUUACAUCAAAGCCACUGUAUGUAUAACUUUAAAGUCUUGGACAUUGCUUUAACAUUUAAUAUUAAGAUUUGUUUGUUUUUUUAAUUAAAGGCAGAGUAAGUGAUUUUUAAAAAAUUGUUUUUUUUGGGUAAGAUU